GUCACUGCAAGAGUUACAUGUGACAGACAAAGACAAAAUCAACUUAUUGGAGCUGAAUUCAUUGUCUCGUUUAACUGCACUAUCACUGAAGCUUUCUACUAAUCAAUUUUCUCAAGAAGAUUUUGUGUUCCCUAAACUACAAAGGUACAAUAUAGUUGUAGGUCGGUGCAGAUUGAGCUUGCAGGAGGUGCAUUUAAAAAUUGUGGAGGCGCUAACCAUUAGAAGAUUGAGAAUUGAAAACUUCUCAUCUUCAUUGAGUGCAUUUAAAAAUUUAUUUUGCAAUGUGGGAAAGUUGAAGUUGGAGAACGUUAGUGCACUGAAGAACAUUGUGCCAAGCAUAGGAAAAAAGGUACUAAAUGAGUUGACUUCUCUGAAGCUUCAUUCUUGCGACAAUAUGGAAUUUUUGACUGAUAUAACAAGAGAUCAAGGGUCAACUGUUGCAUUCUCUAAUUUGGUAGAAUUAACUAUAAGAAGGAUGGUUUCUUUGAAAGGGUUGUGCUAUGGUCUUUCUCCAUCCCAUCGUGCAAUUGCAAGCUUCACAAGACUAACGGUUGUGACAAUUGGAUCUUGCCCUAAACUGAAAACAAUCUUCUCACCUUGCAUUGCUCAAAGUAUGUUGUGUAUAGAAGAACUCUACAUAAGCAGCUGCGAUAGAGUAGAGCAAGUAAUUGGUUUUGCCCAAAAAGAAGAAAAUACUAAGAAUGACUCUUGUCUUUGUUGCUGCCCCAAAUUGAGAAUUCUUGAGAUAGAAGGUUGUGUAAGUUUAAAAUAUGUUUGUGUAAACACUUCGACUCAAGGGCUUCAAUCAUUAGAAUCUGUCAAAAUAAGUUAUUGUCCUCAACUUAUGCAAAUCUUCAAGAUGGAACAAAAUGAGAAUGGGGAAGAUGUUGUGGUUCCUCAGAUCCAUUGCUGGCCAAAAUUAAAAACCUUUCGGAUACAUGAUUGCCAACUAUUCUCAUGCUUCAUUGUAAAAGCUCCGCUCUUGGAGGACUUGUUUCUUAGUAAAGUAGGAAUCAUAUGGAAAACGGAUGUGCCUGUAUUGAAUGAAGAUUGUAUAGUAGUUGGGAAUCAUGUAAAGGUAUUUCAAGUUCAAGGUGGGUACUCAUUCUCAAGGAUAAAACAAUUGGACUUGGGGAACUUAUUUGAAUUAUGGAUUAUAUGGAACGAUUUUGCUCAAGUUGUAACCCUUGAGAACCUUACAACUUUAGAGCUGACAGAUUGCAAGAAGUUAAGAUAUAUAUUUUCACCUACGAUGGCUCGUAGUUUAUUGCAUUUAGUGAAUCUUUCCAUCAACGGGUGUGAUAAAAUAAAACAACUCAUUUUAGCCAAUGGUCAAAUUUCUUCUUCAUCAUCAUCAAAUGCUGGCCUCCAACCUAUCAGCUUUCCAAAUUUGACAAAGAUCACUGUUACAAAAUGUGACAAUUUGAAAAGUCUCUUUCCUUUUGGAUCUGUUCAUGUUAUUCCAAAACUUGAAUGUCUCAUAGUUGAAAGGAACUCUAAACUGGAACAAGUAUUUGAAUUAGAAGAUGAAGUGGAAGUGGCAGCUGAAGAGGAGAUGAAAUUUGAUAAAUUAGGAAAGUUAUCACUUGAAGAACUACCGAGCCUCAUUCACUUCGGUCCCAAAGGAUAUCAUUUUGUACUGUCAGCAUUGACAGAUUUGAAAGUAAGAGAUUGUCCUAAGUUGACUACUAGUUUCUCCAUUGAUUCACAAGAAUUUGUGCAUUGCGAAACAAAGGAAUCUAUGGCAAAUUUAAUUUCUUUGCAAUUAGGGUCAUUUCCAGAAUUGAGCUGCAUAUGGAAUGGACCGAAUCAUUGCAUUAAGCUUACAACUCUAAAGUUGAGUGAUUGUAAGAAGUUAAUAUAUAUAUUUUCACCUACAACGGCUCUAAGUUUAUCACAUUUGGUGGAUCUUUUCAUCGAGGGGUGUGAGGAAAUAGAACGACUCAUUUUAGCUAAGGAUCAAGUUUCUUCUUCAUCAUCAUCAAAGGGUGAUACUGGCCUCCAACCUAUAAGCUUUCCAAAUUUGACAAAGAUCACUAUUAGAAAAUGUGAAAAUUUGAAAAGUCUCUUUCCUUUAGGAUCUGUUCAUGUUCUGCCAAAACUUGAAUGUCUCAUAAUUGAAAGGAACUCUAAACUGGAAAAAGUAUUUGAAUUAGAAGAUGAAGUGGAAGUGGCAGCUGAAGAGAAGAUGAAAUUUGUUAAGUUAGAAAAGUUAUCACUUGAAGAACUACCGAGCCUCAUUCACUUCGGUCCAAAAGGAUAUCAUUUUGUAUUGCCAAGAUUGAGAGAUUUGAAAGUAAAAGAUUGCCCUAAGUUGACUACUGAUUUCUUCAUUGAUUCACAGGGAUUUGUGCAUUGCAAAACAGAGACACUCCAAUUGACUGAGGAGGAUGUUAUUGAAAAGUCUGCCGCUGUUUCAAAUGUAAUUUUCAACAAGAAUAUAUAUUGGAGUCGUUGGGGGCCCAGAAUGAGUCAACUACCACAUAUUACAUGAAAGAAUGAUGAUUUUAGAGCAGCUUUCAAAGCCAUGUUACAUAAGUCAACAGGUUUUUUUUUAUAUAUUUAGAGGAUCAUAUAUAUCCAUAUCCAAAUCGAUAUGAAUGCAAAAUGGAAAAUGAAGAUUUGAAGUAUCAUGAGUUCAAUAUAUCAACUAAAUGCAGGUGCCUUGAUAAUUGUGCUUCUAACUGGUAUGAAAGCUUGCUUUAAUAGAGUUGUGAAGCAAAAUGAUAUGUCUUUUACUUCAAACUAAUAACUUAGAUAGUUAUAGUUAUGUUGCAGUUUUUAUUGUAUGCUUUUGGAUGCGAGUGAAAAUUCCAUUGCAUCAUGUAUUUGUUUUUGUGUGUUAAACCAUAACCAAACCGAAUAUAUUUUAUUUUGUGAAGUUUCCAAAGGUCAUUUUGUUGAAAUAUUGAAAGUUUAAUUGUUAGUUUCAACUUAACAAUAAAUUAUUUUGUUCCCCAA